GCGUUUUCCAUCCGCAGGUGAUUCCAGUUCGGACGAUAUCCGGCUCCUACAACAGCAGGCGCUCUGGAGGCCGAUUGUGUAUUUGUCGGAGACAGAGGACUCGAGAGGAGAGUGGAGCCUUUCGGCUUGCGCUUUGUUCUGAGGGUUGCAGGUCGGUCCGUCUGUCUGUCCGUCUGCGUCUGCGUCUGCCUGUCUGUUUAUCUCUGAGUCCGGGCGUGCAUUGCAUGCCAUUGGUACCGAGGCGAUAGACAAAGGAAUGAACAUUGGUGGGUUUUCGAGUGAAUGAGGCGUGGCGUUGCGAGUUGAGGCGCAGGUGCGCGAAGUCUUUUAGUAGUCCCGAGCAAUCUCUCUUCCUGCCGGCGUCGUCGUCGAUGCGUGCUGAGCGUGGGAGGGCAAUGCGGAGGGAGGAAAAUUGACCUUGGUCGAUUCGGUUGGAGCAUCUUGCUGGCGAGUUUGAACUUCCGCUCGUUUCCCACUCGCGCGCGCCGUGUGUUGUAGAUUGAGUGUGCAGGAGGGCCGCAAGUCUUGUGUGGUGUUUGUGAGGGGCCAGUUCCAGUGAGAGGUUACACGGCAUUGUGUCUUCGAGUCGUCUUGUGCUCUGCGUCAGCUUUCAGCACGUUCGGAGGGCAAAGCGCCCUUGCAACUUCUCGACCUCAAAGGCCGCGCGUUCGAGGUCGGCGGAAUUGUUACUCGUAUCUCGCAUCGGCUCUCUGAUUUGCAACCCUUGGAUCUCAAUUGUGCGACCUAUUUAGAUCGACGCCGAUGGUACAGUCUGUCUUAGUGGAGGGCAUGUUAGAGGCUGGGCAUUUGUUACGGCAUUGCGUUGAUGCAAUUGAGAUAAAUCGACACUUUCAUACGUUCAAAAUCUGAAUGCCAGGAUUCAUCCGCAUGUGGGGUAGGCUGCCUGAUUUGCUUUCCGGGCCCUCGAAAGUGCCUUCACUUGUCUGAUUGAUAACACGGAACCGAUCGUUUGCAACGUGUUUUUGACAGUCGGCUCCUUUCUUCAUUCGUGAAGAUCCAGAAUCGAAGCCCUCUGAAGGAAUUUAAGGUUUCAUCAGCAGGUUCGUUCAACUCUCGAGAAGCAGAGUGGCGGUCUUGAAAUGGAGCGUUGAGAUAGGAUUUGGUAGAGGAGAAGUGUGCUGGUUGUGUGCCCGGUAAAGCAGCGUGCGGCUGGUGUUUUUGAAUAAUGUCAGACACACCCACACCGGACGUGAGUGCUCAAUAUGGAGUAAGUAAAAGGUCUUCACUGAGCUCCAAUGAUAGUACUCCUGUACAUCCCCGGGCAGCAGGAGUAUCUGGUAAUGAUGACGACUAUGACAGUGAUGGUGACUUUGCCUCAUCCAAGUCUCGUCACAGCUCUUAUAGCGGGGAAGCCAAUUCUCAGGGCUCUAAUGGCGUGGAGACCGAUGGAAUGAAGGAUGUCAGCAAUGGAGAUCCAAGAGUUAGCUCUAUCUCCACAACACUGGUUCCGGAGCUGGCUGGCGCUGCUUCCAUUUUGGAUAAGUUUCAGGUGGAAGCCUUCCUUAGAUUGAUGCAAAAGCAGUUGCAAGCAGGAGGAAAGCGAAGUUUCUUCGGGAAAAGAGCCGUGGCUCCCGCAGGCAAAGAAAAGUACACCGUGGAGGACAUGCUCUGUUUCCAACGAGAGCCAAUCCCUACAUCCCUUCUUAAAAUGAACAGCGACUUAAUGAGCCGGGCCGUGAAGCUCUUUGGAGUAGUGCUCAAGUACACUGGCGCUGAUGCCAGUGCUACUUCUACACCUCCUACAGCACAAGAGCAGAUUGAUCUCAUUCUUAAGAUUUACAAGCAUACUUUGAAACGACAAGAGCUCCGAGACGAGAUGUUUGCUCAGCUAUCUAAACAAACCCGCAACAACUCUGAUAAGCCAUCCCUGUUAAAGGCCUGGGAGUUAAUGUACUUGUGUGCGUCGGCCAUGCCACCCGGAAAGGAGUUGGGGGCAUACUUGUCAGAGUACGUUCACGAGGUUGCCAAUGCUGCCAGUGGGGAUCCAGAUGUUCAAGCCAUGGCUAAUAAUACCUGGAAUGCACUUAAGAGGUCUGUCAAAGGGGGUCCGAGGAGGAUCAGUCCAGCUCAAGAAGAAAUAGAGGCUUUGUUGGCAGGCCGUAAAUUAACCACUAUUGCUUUCUUUUUGGAUGAAACUUUCGAGGAGAUAUCCUACGACAUGACAACUACAAUUGCCGACGCUGUUGAGGAACUCGCAGGAAUUAUUAAGCUAACAUCCUAUAACACAUUCAGUUUGUUCGAAUGUCGCAAAGCCGUAACUGGAUCGAAAGCUAUUGACAAUGGAAAUGAGGAGCACAUCAGCUUGGAUGAUAAUAAGUAUGUUGGAGACAUCGUUGCUGAGUUUAAAGCAACUAAAGAACGCAACAAGGCGGAGGUGGUACAGUGCAAGCUGUUGUUCAAAAAGCGCCUCUUCCGAGAAUCUGACGAAGCUAUAACAGAACCAAUGUUUGUACAGCUGUCAUACGUUCAGUCACAACACGACUACAUGCUCGGAAAUUAUCCAGUUGGUCGGGACGAUGCAGCUCAAUUGGCAGCAUUGCAGAUCCUUGCCGAACUGGGCAAUGUGUCAAGUCCAGAGACUGGCAUGGACUGGUCUCAGCUGGUGGAUCGUGUCCUACCAAAGCAAGUGGCAGUUACUCGAGCGAAGCGUGACUGGGAACCCGACAUCCUAAAUCGCUAUCGAGCAAUGGCCCAUUUGUCGAAGGAUGACGCAAGGCAACAGCUCUUGCGCAUACUGCGAUCUCUUCCAUAUGGAAACUCUGUCUUUUUCAGUGUUCGCAAGAUCGAAGAUCCCAUUGGACUCCUUCCUGGGCGUAUCAUCCUGGGCAUCAACAAACGAGGGGUUCAUUUCUUCCGACCCGUACCGAAGGAAUAUCUUCACUCAGCCGAGCUGCGAGAUAUUAUGCAGUUUGGUAGCAGCAACACUGCCGUGUUUUUCAAAAUGAGAGUGGCUGGUGUGCUCCACAUCUUCCAAUUUGAAACGAAGCAGGGUGAAGAUAUAUGUGUAGCCUUGCAAACUCACAUCAAUGACGUCAUGUUGAGACGCUAUUCAAGGACCCGUAACAUUGCCAAUGGUUCUGUUCCAAAUGGACCGGAAGCAGCUGUUCCGAGUGCUAAGCCGCCUGGUAUUGAAGUUUACGAGAAGCAUGUACAAGAGAUUACCAAACUCCUUGAAGAGUCUCAAAAGAAAAUUGAUCAGUUGAUGGAAGAGCUGAGGACCAGGGAGAAAAAGGAGAAAGACAUGCUAGAAGAACUAGCCACGUUGAAGGAUAAACUCCGGGCAGAAGAACAGGCGCGAGCUGAGCUUUUGGAUGAGAAGGAGCAAAUUGUGCUCAAGCUGGCUGAAGCGGAGACAAACCUUCAGACCGCUAUGGCCGAGAAGGCAGAGAUUGCUGAAACAGGUGCAAGUGGUUUAGAAUCGGACAGUACUCCAACUAAAAGAGGAUCACGCCUUUCUUCGAUGUCUAGACGAGAUAGGGAUCUACCCCCUGCUGGUAAAGACCAGAGUGCGCACAUCCGUAGCCUUGAGAAUCAGGUGAAAGAACUUCGAAAUGAUUUAAGAAUGAAAACCGAGGAGCUGAGGAAAUCGGACCAACAGGCAAAAACUCUUGCCAAAGAAAAGCAGCUUCUUGAGCAGAAGAUCAUUCGUCUCGAGCAGAAUAAGACCAACGAGACCAAGGCGUUGGAGGAUAAGUUUGAACAGGAACGUCAUGAGCUCAGGGAUCGGCUUAGUGACAUGGAGAAGAAGCUUCAAGAGCGCACGCAACAGUUAGGCGAGGCAGAAUCAAUGUUGACUGCUAGGAGUGUGGAAUUUGAAGCCUUGACUGCAAGCAACAAGGAGCUCGACGAGCUCCGAGAGAUGAAGGAGGACAUUGACCGUAAGAACGAGCAGACAGCAGCCAUUGUUAAGAGACAAGCCGAUCAAAUUAUCGAGCUUGAGGGUCUUUACAAGGAGGAACAAGUACUGCGCAAGCGGUUUUUCAAUAUGAUGGAAGACAUGAAGGGUAAAAUCAGAGUUUACGCAAGGUGGAGGCCUCUUAGUGAUAAGGAGAUCAGGGAGAAACAGAAAACUAUUGUCCUUCGUCCUGAUGAAUUCACCAUCGAGCAUCCAUGGAAAGACGAAAGGAAGCAGCACCAAUUUGACCAUGUCUUUGACGAGACAACAACUCAAGAACAAAUUUUUGAGGAUACUAAGUAUCUGGUUCAAUCGGCUAUCGAUGGAUACAAUGUCUGCAUCUUUGCGUAUGGGCAGACAGGUUCUGGUAAAACCUUCACUAUUUAUGGCUCAGAUCAGAAUCCUGGUAUAACUCCCCGAGCAACUCGAGAGGUCUUCAAUAUUCUGAAGCGAGAUGCCAACAAAUUUUCCUUCUCCGUUAAGGUCUACAUGCUGGAGAUUUACCAAGAUUCUUUGGUGGAUCUUCUUGUCAAUGGAGGUGGAAAGAAUGGCGCUAAGCCGAGGAAACUUGAAAUCAAGAAAGACUCUAAGGGUAUGGUUGUGGUUGAAGGAGCGACCUUAAUUACAGUGGCUACAUUUGAAGAGUUAGAAACAAUUCUUCAAGAAGGCACCAAGAGGCGACAUGUGUCGGGAACGCACAUGAAUACCGAAAGUUCACGUUCACAUCUUAUUUUGUCCAUGAUAAUUGAGAGCACCAACCUCCAGACGCAGGUCCUCGUGAAGGGCAAGCUAAGUUUUGUCGAUUUAGCUGGAUCCGAGAGGGUCAAGAAAUCUGGUUCAAGUGGUGAGCAAUUGAAGGAGGCUCAGAGCAUCAACAAGUCCCUCUCUGCCUUGGGUGACGUUAUUAGUGCGCUGGCCACCGAAGAAGCUCACAUUCCGUAUCGUAACCACAAGCUGACUAUGCUAAUGAGCGAUUCUCUUGGAGGCAAUGCGAAGACACUCAUGUUCGUGAACAUAUCUCCAGCAGAAUCCAACAUUGAUGAAACAUACAACUCUCUUUGUUAUGCAACCCGAGUUCGGUCUAUCAUCAACGAUGCCAGUAAGAAUUUGACAACUAAGGAGAUCUUGAAGUUGAAGAAGCAAAUCACUUACUGGAAGGAACAGGCUGGAAAGAAGCCAGAGGAAGAUGAGCUCGAGGAAGUCUCACAGGAACGUGGCAACUCACAGGACCUUCCUCCAACGCGUGGUACCAAAACACCAGAGUGAAAGAACUGCUGCACGCCUUUAACAAUCCGUUGAAACUGCAUCUUCUUUCCUAGGAUGAGUACGCGGGUAGUGGUCAGGUUGCCAGGUGAUAGUCUGGGUGUUAAUAUUUGCCCUAUUGCAGGGCCCAAUUUUUUUUUCUGAUGUUGAUCAUGAAGCUAGUUGUUGAGAGCGAAAGUAUAGGGUCUAGUUAUAUUUAUAAAGAACGGCUUUCCUCUUCAAAUUCAGGAGGGCAGUCUCAAUCAGAUUGAGCUGUAUUUUAAAGGUUGUGAAGGGCAGGUAACCAUUGUCUCGCAAUUUUGUCAGUUGUAAGCAAUCUUUUCCCAUGUCUCUCCGCCUGAUGCUGUGGAAAUCGAAUCGAUCCAUUAUCUUUAAUGGCAUGUAAUUACACCAGCGCAAUAUAUGUAAAUGUUUUCCUCUUAACAUGGUUGGGUGAAAAC